UUUUCCAAAUGGCGGAUUCGGAUUCCGACGGCCAAGAACUGACAUUUUCUGAGCAAAAGAACGUCGGUACAGAGCAUUCAAAAGAGAAAAGAAAAGGGAAACAUGCCAUCAGUGAGAAAGAGAGGCUCAAAAAGAGAGGAAAUAGUAAACCUGGUCGUGCUGUAGUGAUAUCUGGAGGAAGCACCAAGCCCCAGUUGGAUGAUGUGCCUGUGGAUCUAUCUGCAGAUCACAAGGAUUUAGUCAUGGAGUACUCAGAUAUCUUUGAGCCAUCGGAAGAUGCUGGUUUUAUUGAUAUUCAAGAUGGUGAUGCCAUUUCUGAGAGCAGUGACACUGAGGUUGUUGCACACACCAGGGAAGAGAUACAGUAUGACAAUUCAGCGACGUCAAGUCAAAGUGACAGUGAAAAUGAAGGGAAUGAGGGUCCACCCCCAUUGAAUAGUGAUGAGGAUGACGACGAGGGUAGUGAUGUUGAUGGUAUUGAUGGGCCCCCUCCAUUAGACAGUGAUGAAAAUGCUGAAAACACAGAUAAUGGAGAUGAACUGGUCACCUCGCCUGGCAGUGGUAGCAGGGAGGAAUUGAGCACCAGGAGAGCCCCAGUGCCCAACAAAAGGAGAGGUGUGAAGAGUUCUGACAACUCUGACAGUGACAGUGAAAGGGAAGUGCCGCCUCCUCUAGACAGUGAAGAUGAUGGGGAAGAGAGUGACUCUAGGAGCCCUGUUGCUGAAACUGCUGAAAGUGCUAAUGUUGAUUCUCUUGGAGGUUAUGCUCAUGAUUCACCUGAGGAAGGUGUGAAUGAUGAUGAUAAUGAUGGUAAUGAUGAUGAGCAGCCUGGUGGUAACUUUGAUGAUGAUGAUGAUGAUGAUGAUGAUGAUGAUGAAGAGGAGGAGGAGGAACAACCUUUCAGUAAUGAAGUCGAUGCUGAGGAUGGUGAUAAUGAUAAUGACGACAAGAAGGAAGAAGAAGAUGCAGAGGUAGUGCCGCAGUCUCCUCAGCCUGUCACACCUGAUUCUGAUCAUUCAGAGGAAGGUGAACUGUCUGAUUCAUCUCCAGAAGCUGAGGCGGAGAUUCCACAGCAGAAUCAAUCUGACGACCCUGAUGACGAUGUUGAGGAUGACAAAGAGAGUGAUAAUGAAGUAGUUUUAGACAUAGUAGGAAACGAACAUGUCUCUUCUGUGGCUGAUGAGGUUAGCAGCUCUUUAGUCCCAGUCGAGGAAUCACAUGAAGACGAAAAAAAGGAAAGCGAGGAUGAAGGCGAAACAGGAGAUACAGUUGGCAGUGAGUUUGAUGAGAAAGGUACUGUAAAAUCUGUUCAUGAUCACAAUGUUUCAGACAGUUCUAAAGUAGGAGAGGUACGUGGUGAUCACAGCGAUCAGGAGAGUGAUGAGUCACAAGAAUUUGUUCCCAUUGAAGACGACAAUGAAUUAGAAUGGGAUGUGGAAGAUUUUGAUGUUCCCGAACUCAAAACUGUUAAAAGGACUUCAAAGGUGAAUAGAGAAGUACAAGAGGUUGACCAAUUGAAAAAGACUUUUCUGGACACUCUAAAAAGUGAGGCAGAGGGGUCGAAGGUGGUCAGAACUGAACACAAAGCGGAAACAAAGACAAAGGUUGAUAAAGGAGUGAGGGAAAAGAAAAUCCCUGAAGACGACAAGAAACGUGCACUUGGUAGUUCAAAAGAUUUGGAAACUAAAGAUUUAAAAGCUGAGUCUGGAAAAUACUCUAGAAAGGUAACAAAAGAUAAUCCAGGUAAUACUGAACCAGUGAAAGUUGAAAAGAAAAGUGUCAAGGAUGGGGUCAAGGAUGAAUCAAAAACUGUUUUAUCGUCAAAGGUAGUUGACAAUGUAGCGAAGCCGACGAAAGGAAAAGUGAAAGCUACAGAUAAGAAUCUUGACGAAACGAAUAAGCAAAAGACUGAAAAAUUUAAAAAGGCUAACAAAGAAAGCCAAAAAGUAACAAAAACAUCUGCCAUCGGAAGAGAAGGUGUUUCUAAAGCUGGAAAUGUUAAAUCUGCCUCAGUUUCAUCAUUACCUACUGGUGCUGAUGUACAGCCGAGAAAUCAGCCGACAAAAGAGAAGAAGAAAACAAGACCAGGUAGUGAUUUACGCGCUGAUUCUCCAUCACAUAACCAGGCAGAUGAGGUGCAUUUAGCUGCUAAUCAACCAAAAAAGGAAGUGAAGAAACCGCGGAAAAGUGACAGUGACUCAACAUCGGACUCAUUAAGAAGGAAAAAACCACAGAAGACAACUUCUUCUGAAUCUCUAUCUUCUAAGAAACAGAAAUCUACUUCGGCCUCUUCAUUUACGCGCGAGGAAAGAGAAAAGUCCUCAGAAAAAGCAGAAGUGAGAAAAAUCAAAUCUAAAAGGACUGUGGGUAAGCCCGAUGAAUCUGAUCAGGACGACGGAAUCAGACGUGAAAGGAAGAAACGCAGUGAUGCACCGGUUAAAAAUCCUGGGCAAUCGAAAUCGAAGCCGAGAGGAAGACCCACAAGUAAUGGCCACCUUUCAAAUUCGCAAGAAAAAAUUUCUUUUCAUUCUGGUCACCACGAUCAGAGCCCCAAGGAACAUGGUUCAAGGGAUCAUCUUGCUAGGGAACAUGUUGAGAAGGACCACAGUAUGAGGGACACUGUUUCUAAGGAUCACAAUGCCAGGAACCAUGGAAGUAGAGAGCGCAUUGCUAGGGACCAUGGUAGCAGGGAGAAUGUUGCCAGAGACCAUGGUAGCAGGGAGAAUGUUGCCAGAGACCAUGGUGGCGGGGAGCACAUUGCUAGGGAUCAUGGAAAUAGGGACCAUGUUUCUAGGGAUCGUGGCACUCACAAGCACAGUGGCCACACCCAUGAUCGAAGCAAACACGUCUGGCUCUGUAGAGAUGAUGAAAUUCAUAAACUCAUAGCACAAAAGGCCUCCUUGUUAAAGGAGUACGAGUCAGGAAGCUUGGCUGGCAGGAAAGUUUUUUCAGGACACAAGAGUCGUCACAAGCGAGAAGAGGAUCCUGCCGAUCUGCCUGACGUGGGAUUUGUUAGCAGCAAAUCGAACAGAAGGCAAACGAGACCGAUAAGCGAGGUCAUCCCAGACGGUGUUCCUUACAGUUCUCGGAGAAAGGAUAAGCGUCGAUCUCUGCAGCUUUCGUACACUGGAUCGUCAUCAGAUGACGACGAACGCACGAACAGGGCUGUAGAGGUGAAGAAAAAGGGGACUUUUUCGGUAGGGCUAGCAUCACGUAAUAUCGAGCAUUCGGAACCAGCAGGAGAGAGUGACUCAGAACACGAGGAGACCUGUGAAUACUGUGCGGCAGAGAAGGCUGCGGCAAACAAGGCCCGUGAGCGAAAUCCAGCUUGGGAUGGCCCACAUCAUCCGAGGAAUCUUCUUCUUGGAGUUGUGUACACAGCCAAAUACCUGGGUUCAUCGCAAAUUAUGUCGCCCCAGGCUCCAAACAAAGCUGUACGGAUGGAACAAGCUCAGGAAGCCGUGGGGCGUAUAAAGGUUCCUGAGGGGGAGGACCAACCAACUACUGAUAUUGACUUUUUCAUUUCCACGGAAAGACUUAAAGUGGUCAACUCUACUACUAAGGAGGUCAUGUUAGACCACUCCCUCCGCUCCGUGUCGUUCAUCGCAGAUAUCGGCGAUGUUCUCGUGCUAAUGGCUCGUCAGCAAGCCGAGGAACGCGCCAACAAAGAGGUUUUAAAACCUUCACAGAUUCUAGCCAGUGUAGGAACGGCACAGACAGACCACAAAAACGUCAAAAUAACCUGCCACGUCUUCCAGGCACCAGAGGCCCAGGUGAUUGCCAAGAGUAUUGGUCAGGCAUUCAAUGUGGCUUAUCAAGAAUUCUUACGUCAAAAUGGACUGAGCGAGGACGUUAUUGAAGAUGCCGAGUACAACGGUGUGUUAGAGGCACAGAAAAUACUCGGCGAGGACUUGUCCUUGUUGUCGGAUGAAAAUAGCGCCAAAGAGGUGAUUGUUAAUAAGAAGCCCGCUGAAAUGCUUGGUGUGAUGAUCGUGGAAUCAGGCUGGGGAUCCAUGAUUCCUUGCGCUAUUAUAGCCCAUCUGGCGAAAGACGGACCAGCGGCUAAGUCUGGAAGGCUCAAUGUUGGUGACCAGAUCCUCUCUGUUAAUGGUACAAGUUUGGUCGGUCUACCGUUGUUGGAAUGUCAGAAUAUUAUUAAGAACAUACGUCCAGACACGAAAGUGGUGAUGAAAAUCGUAUCGUGUCCUCCAACAGUUCAAGUGGUGGUUAACAGACCGGAUACCAAGUAUCAGCUUGGAUUUAGUGUGCAGAAUGGCAUGAUUUGCAGUUUAAUGCGCGGAAGUAUUGCUGAGAGAGGUGGCGUUCGAGUGGGACACAGGAUCAUUGAAAUUAAUAACGAGAGUGUGGUUGCCACGUCACAUCAGCAUAUUGUGGAACUAUUGGCCACCACAGUAGGAGAGAUACGUAUGAAAACCAUGCCUGCCUCCAUGUACCGCCUGUUAGUUGGUUUGGAAACACCGCAACACAUCUGAUCUGACUGGAAAGAGGACUUUAAACUUGAAAUAGAAGCGGACCGCUUGAAAAGUUUGACGUCAGUCACGCAGUGAGAGCGAUUAUGUCACCCGGUGGUUGAACCUUUGUCACGUAGUUCAUCCAUGCGCCCAGACGUUUUGAUGGAGAGUAACGCAAGACUGCUGUGACUGGAGCAAUAAAGUAAAAGAGCAAUGAACUGGUCUUCUGUUGAACAGAAUCGUCAAGAGACAGUCAAUGAACAGUUUAGUUCGACAGUCAAAAUUGUAAUACUUCACUGAUGAUGGAUUAGAUUCUUUAAGUCUCAGACCGUUGUUGAAUAACAUUGGAUACAAAUCGCCUCGUUGUAGAUAGCCGCAUUUCUUGAUGGAAAGUAAUACGUUCAACAAAUAGCUGAAAUAUUUAUUCGAAGCUGUCGAAUUAUUUACCAGACGAUUUAUGUUGUUGGCAGAUAAAAUUGAAAGUGUAAAAUUUGAGAAUUUGUUGAGUUCCAAAAAAAGGUAUGCACGCCUAUUAGCGUAUUUUGUAAUCCUUCGUUAGUUUUGAAUGGGUAAAAAAUAUGAUGAUGACAGAGUUUGAAAACUAAACUUUGAGGUUCACAAAUCUUUUUUUGAGGGAGUUGAACAAAAUUUCUUGCCAAAUCCUUCGUGUACCUAUCCCUAACGCAAAAUCGACCUCUAGAUAAUAUGCCUUGAUACAUUUGGAGGUGAAGCUUAAAGUGUUUUAGAAUGAAUAAACAACUCUUCAUUUGUUUAUA